GGGGGGCAUGCACUGGCCGGGCUCAUCUGCCUCCGUGCCCACAGCCAACCUGACCGGGCACGAGGAGAAGGUGAGCGUCGAGAACUUCGAGCUGCUCAAGGUGCUGGGCACGGGAGCCUACGGGAAGGUGUUCCUGGUGCGGAAGGCAGUCGGGCACGAUGCCGGGAAGCUGUAUGCCAUGAAAGUGCUGCGCAAGGCGGCGCUGGUGCAGCGUGCCAAGACGCAGGAGCACACGCGCACCGAGCGCUCCGUGCUGGAACUCGUGCGCCAGGCCCCCUUCCUGGUUACGCUGCACUACGCCUUCCAGACGGAUGCCAAGCUGCACCUCAUCCUGGAUUAUGUGAGUGGAGGCGAGAUGUUCACCCACCUCUACCAGCGCCAGCACUUCAAAGAGGCUGAGGUGCGCGUGUACGGGGGCGAGAUCGUGCUGGCCCUGGAGCACCUGCACAAGCUGGGUAUCAUCUACCGCGAUUUGAAGCUGGAGAACGUGCUGCUGGACUCCGAGGGCCACAUCGUCCUCACCGACUUCGGGCUUAGCAAGGAGUUCCUGACGGAGGAGAAAGAACGAACCUUCUCCUUCUGUGGCACUAUCGAGUACAUGGCCCCCGAAAUUAUCCGCAGCAAGUCGGGACAUGGCAAGGCUGUGGACUGGUGGAGCCUGGGUAUCCUGCUCUUUGAGCUGCUGACCGGGGCCUCGCCCUUCACCCUGGAGGGCGAGAGGAACACUCAGGCAGAGGUGUCCCGACGGAUCCUGAAGUGCUCCCCUCCCUUCCCCCCCCGGAUCGGGCCCGUGGCACAGGACCUGCUGCGGCGGCUACUUUGCAAGGACCCCAAAAAGCGGCUGGGCGCGGGGCCCCAGGGGGCGCAGGAAGUCAAGAACCACCCCUUCUUCCAGGGUCUAGAUUGGGCUGCUCUGGCUGCCAGGAAAAUUCCAGCCCCAUUCCGACCCCAGAUCCGCUCGGAGCUGGAUGUGGGCAACUUUGCAGAGGAAUUUACUCGGCUGGAGCCUGUCUACUCGCCCCCUGGCAGCCCCCCGCCUGGGGACCCUCGCAUCUUCCAGGGAUACUCCUUCGUGGCGCCCUCCAUCCUGUUCGACCAUAACAACGCGGUAAUGAUGACCGAUGUCCUGGAAGCGUCCGGCGCUGGAGACCGGCCCGGCCGGGCAGCCGUGGCCAGGAGCGCCAUGAUGCAGGACUCGCCCUUCUUCCAGCAGUAUGAGCUGGACCUGCGGGAGCCCGCGCUGGGCCAGGGCAGCUUCUCCGUGUGUCGCCGCUGUCGCCAGCGCCAGAGCGGCCAGGAGUUCGCGGUUAAGAUCCUCAGCCGCAGGCUGGAGGCGAACACACAGCGAGAAGUGGCCGCCCUGCGGCUUUGCCAGUCACACCCAAACGUGGUGAAGUUACACGAUGUGCAUCACGACCAGCUGCACACGUACCUGGUUCUGGAGCUGCUGCGGGGCGGGGAGCUGCUGGAACACAUCCGCAAGAAGCGGCACUUCAGCGAGUCCGAAGCGAGCCAGAUCCUGCGCAGCCUCGUGUCGGCCGUGAGCUUCAUGCACGAGGAGGCGGGCGUGGUGCAUCGCGACCUCAAGCCCGAGAACAUUCUGUACGCCGAUGACACGCCCGGAGCCCCCGUGAAGAUCAUCGACUUUGGGUUCGCGCGGCUGCGCCCGCAGAGCCCCGCGGGGCCCAUGCAGACGCCCUGCUUCACGCUGCAGUACGCAGCUCCCGAGCUGUUGGCGCAGCAGGGCUACGACGAGUCCUGCGACCUCUGGAGCCUCGGCGUCAUUCUGUACAUGAUGCUGUCGGGGCAGGUCCCCUUCCAGGGCGUCUCAGGCCAGGGCGGGCAGAGCCAGGCAGCAGAGAUCAUGUGCAAGAUCCGCGAGGGGCGCUUCUCUCUCGACGGGGAGGCCUGGCAGGGCGUGUCUGAAGAAGCUAAGGAGCUGGUCCGAGGGCUCCUGACGGUGGACCCCGCCAAGCGGCUGAAGCUCGAGGGGCUGCGGAGCAGCUCGUGGCUGCAGGACGGCAGCGCCCGCUCCUCGCCCCCACUCCGGACGCCUGACGUGCUGGAGUCCUCGGGGCCGGCUGUGCGCUCGGGGCUCAACGCCACCUUCAUGGCCUUCAACCGGGGCAAGCGCGAGGGCUUCUUCCUGAAGAGCGUGGAGAACGCGCCGCUCGCCAAGCGGCGGAAACAGAAGCUGCGGAGCGCCGCCACCUCCCGCCGCUCGCCCGCGCCCGCCGCCCCGGGCAGGGCCCCCGCCGCCAAGGGAGCCCCCAGACGAGCCAACGGCCCCCUGCCACCCUCCUAGCCCACGCCACAGUGACCUCUCCUUCCCCCAUAGGGGCUGUGACCUGGGAGCCUCGGGAAUCCGCUCCAGCCCCAUUCCCAGGGAUUGCCCUUCCCUCCCCUUCCCCUCACCCCACUCCCAGACAGAGCAGAAGUAUUUUUAUAAGCAGAG